AUGGGAGUAAGGCCAACUACCACUAGUGCCUCGCCGACUCAGCGUGAAAUUUAUCAAAAAUCAAACAAUUCUUCUCCCUCUUUGGUGGGAUCACUUAUAAAAUCACUUAAAUCGUCUAGCUCAACAAGGCAUCACCACCAGCAAUCCGGCGCUGUAAGUGGCGACAGCGAUACCAAUCAAUCGUCACGAAAACCGCAUCAUCAUCUGGGCAGGUCACCCAGUCAAGCCGGUACAUCACAACAUCAUGGCCGUGGAGUAAGCCACAUCCACAUGAGUCCCCUCAGAAAAAGCUCCUCUGGUAGCAGCAACACCGCGAGUACCUCCGCUCAUAAGGAGAAACACCAAUCGAAGCGGGACAAAUAUUUUCGAGACCUAGAUGAAGACUGGAGUGCCGUGAUCGAGGACUAUAACAUGCCCAUUCCUGUGAUCAGCAAUGGCGGGGUCGAAUUGAAGCCCCCCGUCAACGUGGGCUUACGACGAAAGGAGGAGACAGAAUCACGGUCACCAUCGGCUGGAUAUCCAAGCUUGCCGCAUCUCAACAAGUCCCAAAGCUCAGAUCUGAAAUCUCAAUAUGAACAUGAGAAUGAACGCGAAUUGCAGGAACUGAAUUCGAUAAUGCAAAGGGUUGCCAAAUUUGACACCAUUCUGCAGCCUACAAACGGCAAUCUAAUUAAUUUGAGUGAACUUCGUCGUUUGAGCUGGAAUGGGGUGCCAAUGGUUCAUAGACCAAGGGUGUGGAGGCUUUUGAUAGGCUAUGCACCCGCUAAUAUAAAGAGACAACAAUCUCUAUUACAGCGCAAGCGGCAGGAAUAUCGGGAUGGUGUGGCGCUCGUGUUUUCGGCAGAACACACGCGGGACAUACCUACUUGGCAUCAAAUAGAAAUUGACAUUCCAAGAACAAAUCCACUCAUCCCGCUCUACCAGUUCCCUCUUGUCCAGCAGAGCUUGCAGAGAAUACUUUAUCUCUGGGCGAUACGGCAUCCGGCAAGUGGCUACGUGCAGGGUAUAAACGAUCUGGUAACCCCAUUUUACCAAACGUUUCUCACGGAGUAUCUGCAGCGAGCUCGAAAGGAUGACGUUAACAAAUUAAGUCCUGAUGUGUAUCUCACGCACGAGCAGUUGUUGGACGUUGAGGCAGACUCUUUCUGGUGUCUUGCCCGAUUACUGGAGCAGAUCACCGAUAACUACAUUCAUGGGCAACCAGGAAUUCUAAAGCAAGUCAAAAAUCUGGGACAACUGGUCAAAAGGAUAGACUCAGACUUGUACGAUCACUUUACCCAAGAAAACGUGGAAUUCAUUCAAUUUGCUUUCCGCUGGAUGAACUGUCUUUUGAUGCGUGAAUUUAGCAUGGACAUGGUGAUCCGUAUGUGGGACACGUAUCUGUCAGAGACCUCUUUGGAGUCUUCGUCCUCUGCCGUGAAUGACAAUUCUAAUGCACCAUUAUUAUUGUCCUCCGAUACUUCACUCCAGAAUUCUCCGAUUAGUGCCUACCGGGAGAAAUCAUCCUCCAACAACCUUCAAAGCAAACACAGCGCAACGGCCAGCUCAGGACAGACUUCUCUAAGUGAGUUCCAUGUCUUUGUUUGCGCAGCCUUUCUCGUCAAGUUCAGUGACAAGUUGAUCAACAUGGACUUUCAAGAAACUAUUACUUUUCUACAAAAUCCUCCCACCAAAAGCUGGAUCGAAAGUGAUAUAGAGUUGUUGUUAAGCGAGGCGUACAUCUGGCAAUCCCUAUACAAGGACGCAACUUCGCAUUGGAGGUGA